CGGAACCGAUGUGUACGACGUCCCGUAAUUGUGUCGCGUAGCAUAUCAUGUGACCGCGCCUACGCCAAGAGCGGCGAACAAUGGCUCGGGAUUCGGGAACGCGUCUUGUCUCCUCUCACCACGCAGCUACCCCCGCCACUGCAACGCUUGAUGUUUUUCAAGGACUGGCACACCUUCGUCUUCUGCGACGGAGAUAUCGUCGACGAGUAUGACUUUCGCAUUGUAGACGAUACCACCGUGUCGUGCUACAUCGCUAGCGAAGCAGGCAAGAGCUUCGCAGUGAGGUGGCAGAACGAUCUGUACGGGCCGGCGGCUGCGGAGUGCUUUAUGGACGGUCAGCGCAUGGGAUGUUCAAAUGUCGACCCGGGGCAGAGGGGUGCGCGGAAUGGUGUCCGCACCGGCGGAGACUACAAACAAUACUUCCAGUUUGCGCCGCUUACUACAACAGACGACGACGACAUGGCCGAUCCUGACGACCCGAGCAACAACAACCUAGGCGUCAUUGAAGUCCGGGUAUAUCGCAUCAGAUACUCACACGAGGAGUUCCGGCCCAACCAUCACCGUCGGCCUCAGGAAUACGCAGAUCGACCACCUGUACACGAACGGAGCAAGAAGGCCGGGACGCACUGUGUCAGACUCGGCGAGGGCAAAUGGUGCGAGCCCUACGCACCCUCAGGACCAAGAAGGAUAUUCCUCGAUGGAAAGAAUGACCCCUACAUUCGCUUCAUCUUCCGCUAUCAACCAAGAGCAAUGUUGCAAGCGCAAGGAAUCAUACCGAGAGACGAUGGUGCAGAAGCGUACUAUCAAGACCAGCCCGCGGCGUUCCACCCGAGCAGGAAACGGAACACCUCUGUGCUCUAUAUGGGUUCGAAUGCCGGCAGCGCGGGCCCCCCAAACUAUCAAGCACCGGUGAAGGCCGAGCCACGGCCACUCGCGGAACGCUUGGGCUCCGAGUACUACGACGACAUGCAAGUCGAGAACAUGUUGCGCGCUAGAAGCGCUCAGCACGAGGUGCCCGCCCCGUACCAUCAGCCCCAGCGACUGCACGACCUCCCACCUGCGCCUAGGCGACAUCCUUAUGUCAUUGAUGUCGACGCUGAUGUUAUUGAUCUUACCCAAGACGACGACGACGACGACUAGCAUCACCCUGCCGGUUCUCUGGAGUCUGCCUCAUCGGAUGCCUCUCAUAACAUGACCCAUCACACGUCACUCGCCUCUACCGAUUAUUUCAUUGUUUAAUUCACCUACACUUGUAUGAUAUGCGAUUUAAUGUCCAUGGGAUCACGAUGUUACGAA